AUGAUUGAAACAUCUUGUAUGGGACUAGGGAGUGGACCGGUGGGUGCAACGAUCACAGCUACGUUGCAAUUCUUUGCAGCCUCUCAGUGUCUGCUGCAGGACACGUGGCCGCAGCACGCCAAUCUUGAUAAUGGUACCAGUUUUGACUUUAUUGUGGUGGGAGGUGGAACUGCCGGCGCCGUGGUAGCUGCUCGGCUGUCAGAACUUCGGGAUUACACUGUUCUUUUGAUUGAAGCUGGUGGAGAUCCACCGCCAGAAAGCGUUAUUCCAGGUUUCAGAAACUCGUUGAAAAAUAGCAAUGUUGAUUGGAAUUUUACAACAACAAAUGAUAAUUAUUCUAGUCAAGCCCUCCAACAUGGCAGCCAGCGGCAGCCACGAGGCAGGAUGCUGGGCGGUAGCGGAUCUAUAAAUGAUAUGAUUUACUCUAGAGGAUUUCCCAUUGACUAUGAUGAGUGGGCGACCACACUCGGUGAUGAAUGGAGCUGGAAUAACGUACUCGAAUACUUCAAGAAAACAGAAUAUCUUACGGAUGAAAGAAUUAUAAAUGAUCCCCUUCUCACUGAACUUCACGGUUUUACGGGUGAACUAGAAGUUACAGGAUCUUUAGAAUCUACACGAACUACUGAUAAAUUGCUCGAGGCUUUCCAUGAAAUGGGUUUUAAUAUUGUUAAAGACAUGACUAAUCCAUACGUUAUUGGAGCUGGAAGGUUCUCUCACACUAUCCGUAAUGGAAAAAGGGAAAGUUCCGUGACAGCCUUACUGAAUAAAGCUUCGAAGAGGGAUAACCUGUAUAUAUUGAAAGAAGCUGUUGCUACUAAAAUACUCGUCGAGAAAAACAAAGCUUAUGGAGUUAAAGUUCUUAUGGACGAUGAUGUUUUUUAUUUCUAUGGAAAUAAUGAUAUUGUGGUGUCUGCUGGUACAUUUAAUACGGCAAAAUUAUUACUAUUGUCGGGUAUUGGUCCCAGAGAACACUUGGAAGAAAUGAACAUAGACUUGCAGGCAGACUUACCAGUUGGUGAGAACCUGCAUGAUCACGUAAUGGUGCUAACCUUCUUAGCUGUAGAUGCAGGUACUUGCACCGUAGAUAAAAAUGAACAUUAUUUUGAGAUGAUAAAAUAUCUCUACGAUAAAAGUGGGUUUUACGUGAGAACAAGUGACUUAGCUGCGUAUAUAUCUUACAAUAGUUCCAUGAAAAAUGUGCCGGAUUUCGGCCUGUAUCCCACAUGCAUGGGUAUAAAUGAGGGGUUCUACGACCCAUGUGUAAAAACAUUGGGCUUUAAACCUUACAUUUGUGAAAAAGUUGCGGCGGUGAAUCAAGAGAAAGAAAUAUUCAUUUUCCCAGUAGUCAAUUUAAAACCUAAAUCGAGAGGCAAAGUGGUGUUGAAAUCAACAGAUGAAUUAGCUCCUCCAAUUAUAUAUUCGGGUGUCUUUAGUGAUUACGAAGAUUUGAUGCACUAUCCUGAAGCUAUGCGAACUGCGUGGUCUAUAGUAAACACAACAUAUUUUAGUGAAAAGAAUGCUCAAGUAAUAGAUCUCACUAUAGAAGAGUGUCGGGGCUUAACUGGUGAUGCAUCGUUGACAUGCAUCGCUCGGUCGAUGGCGACGUCUGCCUGGCACGCUGUUGGUACUGCAUCAAUGGGGACCGUCCUUGACUCCAAGCUUAGGGUUAAAGGAAUAAGAGGGUUGAGGGUGGCCGAUGCGAGUGUGAUGCCGAAAGUUAUACGCGGAAACACGAACGCACCUGUUGUGAUGAUCGCAGAAAAGGCAGCAGAUUUUAUUAAAGAAGGACUUAUAUAG